AUGCUGAAGGUGAAGAACAUCUGGGAUGAGAUUAGGGUGGUAAGUGAUCGAAUCGACUGGCAAAGGUUGGUCUGGUUUCCUGGCCAUGUCCCUAAGCAUAACACCAUCUCGUGGAUUGCUAUUCUGGGGAAACUCCCUACGAAGGAUCUAUUGAUGCGUAUGGGGAUGAGGGUCGAGAGUAGGGAUUGUUUGUUGUGUGAUAUCGCUGGGGAGAGUAGAGACCAUAUGUUCUUCGAUUGUCCUUACUCGAAGAGAUGUUGGGCCUCCGUCUUGGGGCUGUGCAGCCUUAUUAAGGGGAUCGGAGGAUGGAACGAGGAGUUGAAUUAG